AUGCCAGAGAAUGCUAAGGAGAGGAUUUCUGGAGAGAAAGAUAUGGCGGAUUAUGAAGUCGAGGAGCCAGAACAUCCUCGACGUCGAGAGUCAACAUACCAUCUCCCAACAACGUACUCCAAGAUGUCAGACUCUAGCUCCGACUCAAGCUGGCCUUCCCUUGCCUGGUCCAACAUACCAAUCGAUCGGUACAAGCCUGACCCCCCAAGAAAGAAGGGGCCCACCUUUUGGAAUUCGCACCAACUGGUCACUCUGUUUGCAGGGCAGAAUAAAGAGGCCAAGUCUUUCCUCAUUCACAAAGACUUCGCCUGCCACUAUUCCCCAGUCCUAAAAGCAGCACUUAAUAGCAACUUCAUCGAAGGCCAGACUCAGAGCUAUCGAAUGGAAGAGGACAACCACGAGGCCGUUCAUCUGCUAAUCCAUUGGUUCUACACGCAGGUCCUGGAUACUCAACAGCCAAAAGAACGAUUAACCGGAAAGCCAAAAGACAACGAAGACCUCGCCUUGAUCCAGCUCUGGAUUCUGGCAGACAAGCUCCUCAUCCCAGAACUUCAAAAUCUAGUUACUGGCAGGAUCGAUUCUAUUCGCCGGAUCACUCAAGCUAUUCCCACUGGCUGCCUUCAAUCCGUGUACAAGGAUACCUCUGCAGGAAGGGAGCCGGAUUGGUUUACCGAGCACCCUGAAGACUUCCCGCAUGAGAUGCUCAUCGAUUUUGCGGCUGUGUGGAGCAGGAAGAUGCAGGAGGCAACGAAAUUCGGACUUAUGGAGGAGACUAAUAUCACUGAUUUCGAGGUUGAGAAUCCAGAGUAA